AUGCCACGACUACGUUCAAAAAGGCCACGCGAAGGUGACCCGUCUCCUCCCCCCCGGGUCUACCGAGCCACAAGAGCAACAAGAGGCCACAAGCCAGGCCAAUCACACACGCAAGUCCAGAUAUCUCCGUCCCCGUCUCCUCCCGGACCGCCACGAAUACCCCGGGCCAAGAGAGCGAGGACAGGCCCCUCUCCAUCUUUACUUCAAGACAAGCAUCCGGUCGACCGUCUCUCCAUCAAGGAGGAGGAACAUGGCCAUAUCGCCGCCGCCCAUCAGCUGGACCUGGAACCGAAGACCGACCAUCCCCAGACCAUCCCACCUGCUCCUCGAGGCACCGACACUCGCCUAACCCGCGAAAAUCUGGCAAAGCUCAACAGGAUGUCCUCCAAUCUUGCAUCGCAUGACACCUUCCGAUCCUCGGGUCGAGGCUCGGGACUCACCAACCCGACGUCUGUAGCUUCAACCGGCAGUCACAGGUCGUCCAGCGCAUACACCAAUGGCUUCCCUUCGAUCCUGGAAGAUAGCGGGAUCCAUAUCCAUGGAGACCCCUCCAUGCUCGCCGAUCUCCAAGAACUACGACGGGAAAGAUCCGUGAGGCCUUCGCUGGCACCGUUCGAGUUCCCAGAUAGCAGAAUCGAGCGGUUAAUUCGAGUCAAUAGUCGCGCGGUCUCGGAAGCGGACGUGGAACGCAAUGUUGUCACGGCCAUCAUUGGUUUCGGGGGCCAUUUGGAUAUCCCCAACAGUAGCAAUAUUGCCUGGAGUAACCUGAGAUCGAUGACGGGAAAACGCACUGUUGACCCUCGGCCUGAUCUGUUUUAUGGAGCCCGCACUACAGAUAUCGCCAGGGAAAUCCGGGACGAGAUCGGCCACUUGAUUCAACCUUCGAUACUACUAAACGCUCCGGCUGCGCCGCAUUUUGUCAUGGAAGUCAAAGGUCCCUCCGGGCGUCUCGAUAUAUUGAAGCGCCAAGCCGCUUACAGCGGUGCCGCGGCAGCUCGUGCUGUAUUUACUCUCGAGAAUUUUGGGGUGGACGACCCAAAAUAUGACGACACCGCCAAGGCACACGCCUGGACGUUCAGCGCAUACGGCGAUCUUACUCAAUAUGCUGUGCGCGUUGGUCGACCUACACCCGGCUCUCCUGAACCAUCGUACCAUCUCACUCAUAUCAAGACACACCACAUCAUGGAAAGCGUUGACCAGUUCCGCAGAGGCGUCUCAGCGUUUAGGCACUGCAGGGACGAAUCUCACGCAAAGAACGAGGCACGCUUGGCCGAAGCGCACGAACGUCUACGGCGUCGCAGCCAGCAGACAACGCAGCAGACAAGCCACCCCGUCCCCGGCAGCACUUUGCCCCCUGGUCCCCUUCCGGAAUCGCAUCCAGGACCACCAGAGUUGAGCCCCUCUGUCGAAAAUGAUACCCCCUUGCAGCAGGACUGCGAAGCCCGCUCCCCAGAAGAAGAAGAAGAAGAAGAAGAAGAAGCAGCACCUGGACCCGGCUCUCCAUCGACGACGACGACGGCGGCGGCGGCGGCGGCGGUCAUGACAACGAGCAUGCCGCCUGCGUCGGCGCCACCUAACGUGACAAAAGCCACGCCCCGUAACGGCGCCCCCUCCAAAAAGAAAAAGAAAAAGAUGUCUAUGUCCAACAGGCCGUCAUCCCCCAGGCCCCAGCGCACCAGGCGGCGGCCCAAGAGAUUUGGCACGCUCGACGACAGUUGA